AUGGAUCGAUUACAACGUAUGCUUGGAUCAGCUGCUGCAGGCUUUGGACAGGGUCCUCCUCGCCCUGGCAUGGAUACCGACAUUGUCGACAAUUCCGAAACUGUUCACAUCUCAUCGUUGGCUUUACUCAAGGCAAGUAUCAUACAGGAGAGAAUGUUGAAGCAUGGUCGAGCUGGUGUACCAAUGGAAGUCAUGGGUCUUAUGCUGGGUGAAUUUGUGGAUGAUUAUACCGUACGUGUGGUGGAUGUAUUUGCUAUGCCUCAAAGUGGAACGGGUGUAUCGGUCGAAGCUGUGGAUCCUGUUUUCCAAACCAACAUGUUGGAUAUGUUGAAGCAAACUGGAAGACCUGAAAUGGUUGUUGGCUGGUAUCACUCUCAUCCUGGUUUUGGUUGCUGGCUUUCAAGCGUAGAUGUCAAUACACAGCAGAGUUUUGAACAAUUGAAUGCACGAGCUGUGGCUGUUGUUGUGGAUCCUAUUCAAUCGGUCAAAGGCAAGGUUGUCAUUGAUGCAUUCCGCACCAUCAAUCCUCAAAGUGCCAUGCUUGGACAAGAAGCCCGUCAAACCACAUCCAAUAUUGGUCAUCUCAACAAGCCAUCCAUUCAAGCCCUUAUUCAUGGUCUGAAUCGACAUUAUUAUUCGCUUGCAAUCAAUUACCGGAAAAACGAGUUAGAGGAAAAGAUGCUUCUGAAUCUCAACAAGAAGAAUUGGACCCAUGGCCUUACACUCGAGAACUUUACUGAACACAGCGAAGACAAUGAAAAGAGCGUCAAGAAAAUGCUUUCAUUGGCAGAAGCAUAUAACAAAUCAGUACAAGAAGAACUUACAAUGACACCUGAGCAACUCAAGACGCGACAUGUGGGCAAGCAAGAUCCUAAGCGUCACUUGGAAGAUGCUGUGGAGAAGGUGAUGGGCGAUAAUAUUGUGACAGCAUUGGGCACAAUGAUUGAUAGUGUUAGUUUCUAA